AAUUCUAUUUCUUUGGUAGUUUCUAGUAGUUUCUGGAACAAAAAAGUUUUUCAAUAAUUCUUUCUGAAUUUGAUUUUGUGAAAUUUCGAAUUUUUUCUGAAGAAAUGAGAGAAAAUGGUGGAAGCGAAGAGGAAGAGGAGGUGAAAAUGGAGGAAGAGAAUGAUGAGAAGAAGAGGUAUGAGGUGUUAAUGUGGGGAUAUCUUCCCGGAGUAUUGUCUCAUAAGUCGCCGUUAACUUCUCCGGUGGAAGUUCAGUUGCCGGAGAUUGGAGUCGAGGUUCAAUCAUGGAAGGAUGUAUGUGGAGGAGGUUGUGGUUUCGCCAUGGCCAUUUCAGGGUCUGGAAAACUUAUCACGUGGGGUUCUGCAGAUGAUCAAGGCCAAAGCUACUUGACUUCAGGAAAACAUGGGGAGACUCCAGAACAAUUUCUGCUUCCAACUGAAGAUCCAAUCGUGAAAGCUGCAGCUGGUUGGGCACAUUGUGUAUCUGUUACUGAAAAGAAUGAUGUGUACACAUGGGGAUGGAAAGAAUGCGUGCCUUCUUCCAAAGUUGUUGCAAAUUUCGCUUCUGGAGGAAGUUUUGAAGGGGAUGCUUUUCGGAAAGAAUCAGCGUUAACUGACCAAGAAAGCCCUCAGUCUCAAGGCUCCAAGUCAAUUGGUGAUGCAGUUGUUCCCCAAGAUAAUAAAAAACCUGAAGAAACUGCAAAGAGGAGAAGAACAACGAUGGCUAAACAAGAACUUGAAAGCUCACCCCCCGCUGACGAAUCUCUUUCUGCACCACCUUGUAUUGUAGAACUGGAUCCAGGGGUGAAGAUAACCUCCGUUGCUGCUGGAGGGCGCCACACUUUAGCAUUGUCAGAUGUGGGACAGGUCUGGGGUUGGGGCUAUGGAGGUGAAGGACAGCUUGGUUUAGGCUCCAGGAUUAAAACAGUGGCUUCUCCUCAUCUUAUACCAUGUCUGGAUACUUCUUCACAUGGACCGGACCGGAGUCUUGGAAGUCCUCAAAGAAGCAUUACCACAGGGAGUCAGAAACGUAAUGCUUUGGGGAGCUACAUAAAGAGAAUUGCUUGUGGUGGACGGCAUAGUGCAGUAAUCACAGAUGCUGGGGUGCUGCUUACAUUUGGCUGGGGAUUGUAUGGGCAGUGUGGACUAGGUAAUACAAAUGACGUGCUGAGGCCAACUUGUGUGUCUUCUCUAUUGAACACUAGAAUAGAAGCCGUGGCAGGUGGACUAUGGCAUUCUGUGUGCUUAUGUGAUCAUGGGCGUGUGUAUACUUUUGGGGGAAAUCAGUUUGGCCAAUUGGGUCUAGGCACAGGCACUGACCACACAGAGACAUCACCUAGGCUUGUGGAUGCCUCAAUACUGGAAAACGAGCAUGCCAAGGUAGUGUCCUGUGGAGCUCGCCAUAGCGCCAUAAUGACAGCAAAUAUGCUUUCGACAAUGAGUUUGAAUAUACCGUUUCCUACCCAUGUGGGUACGUCGUAUUGCCUGUUGGGCAUUGUCAAAUGUGUGUUAAAUCGAUCAGAUGCCGAGGACAGCAAAAUUUAUAGCUGGGGAUGGAACAAGUAUGGGCAGCUUGGCCUAGGUGAUACAAUAGACCGUAAUGAUCCUUUUGAAGUACCCAUCGAUGAUUGUACACCGAAGAAUGUAGCAUGUGGGUGGUGGCACACACUUUUACUUGCUGAAAGCCGUCCAUGAUCUCCCCAAUUAUUUGGAGAACUUCUCUAGUUAAGUAACCUACUGACAGCAACUCUCAGGUUUACUUUCAGGAUUUUAAAGAUCUUGUUAAAGCUGUGGUAUUUGUUGAAUAUGUACAGUAUGCUGAUUGUAACAUAUAUUUAACUCACCUAUUCUCUUCGAGUUUGAAUCUGAUGUAUGCCAUAGUUUUAUAGACUUAUUUGAUGUAUGAUAAGCUCUUUUUCCUCUU